CAGCUCAGCGCUCGGUGCCCACUCUUCGUCAAACCCCGUGGAGCCCUCAACGGCUGCCAACGGCUGCCCCAACCCCUGAGCGAGCCGGUGGCCGACGGGGGCGGGGCCAGCGUGCUCUGCACGUGCGUAGGGCGGGGCCGAGGCACGCGCUCAGGGAGCAAAGCUAGGCGGGAAAGGACGGAAUGGAGCGCCACGGAGGACAUGAGGUGGGCAUGCCCCCCAACGAGUUGAAGGAGCAGGAGCCCCAAGCGAUGGUGGAGAGCAGAGAGUAUCAACAAGAUGAGGACAACUACGAUGAGGAGGUUGGUGCAGUGGCCGCCAGUGCCAACUGCCAGCAGCCCACACUGGAAGGGAAGCCAGGACCCUUCUCUUCUCUGGACUCCAGCAUUGAAAUCCUGAAGAAGAAAGCCCAGGAACUGAUUGAAAACAUCAAUGAGAGCAGGCAAAAGGACCACACCCUCAUGACCAGCUUCAGGGACAGCCUCAAGAUCAAGGUCUCAGAUCUGACAGAGAAGUUAGAAGAGAGGAUGUACCAGGUGUACAGCCACCACAGCAAGAUCAUUCAGGAAAGACUCCAAGAAUUCACCCAGAAGAUGGCAAAGAUCAGCCACCUAGAAAUGGAGCUCAAACAAGUCUGCCAUACUGUGGAGACAGUGUACAAGGACCUGUGUGUGCAGGCUGAGGUUCCCACUUCAGAGCAGAACUACAAAGAUGGUGAGUGCUGACUGCUGCUGAGAGGUUCACAUCUUAAUGAUGGCCGCCAAGAGAAGAGGUCACUGUUUGGACCAUGUUGAGAUUGUUUUUUAUAGUUCUGUAACUGAGCAUUCCUUGUGCCUAACCCCCAAAGUGCAGCAAGGUUAGCCCCUGGCAGACUCUGCUUUAGUAAAUUCACCUGGCAACAUACCUGCAGUUGAUUAAAUAUUUGCUUUU